ACACAGCCGGCUGCACUUUUAAUCAACAUUUUCCUGCUGACGUUAUCGCUGCAGGUGGAUUCUGAGGCUGAGUGUACUGUUAUGGCGCUUCCAUUUGGGGUCUCUUGGCUUUGCUUGGUGUUGUGGGGCUGCAUUUGCCUUUCUCCUCAAAAUGCCCCCUCCCCUGCUGAACCAACGGGAUGACCAUCGCCGGAUCCUCCGGACUCCAUCACAGUCAGCCCGCCGAUCAGUGCGUCCGCACAGGAGCAUCUGAACGCAACACGACGGCACCGAUCGUGGGGAGGGGGAUCCGUUUCAGAUUAGGAGCCUGGCGCGCUAUGGUGGCCCUCAGCUUUGAGUAACCUGCAGCUAAACGGAGCUCUCGCACCACUCACGCCUCGAGGAUGAGCGGACCCGCCGCGGCCGGAGCGGCUGCCUGCCGCUUCGCCCACUAUUUCGUGGUGUGCGGACUGGACGCGGAGACGGGCCUGGAGCCAGACGAUGGAGCAGGGGAGAGCUUUGAGCAGAGCCCCAUUCGCCGGUCCUUCAAGUCAAAGGUUCUGGUUCACUACCCUGAGAACACAGACAGGAACCCUUUCAACAAAGAUGCUGUCAACAUGCUCUGUAUGCCCCGAGGUCUAUCCUUCCGAAGCAAAGCAGACAGACUCGACCCUCAGUUUCACUCCUUCACGCUCGCUUCUGACGAAGGAACGCGCUCCUAUGGUUUUGUCCAUACUUUCUACGAAGAGGUGACCAGUCCUCAGAUCAUCACUGCCAUGCAGACGCUCUUUCAGAUGCACCACGUGGAGCACCACUCCUCCUCCUCAGCCUCCUCUCCUUCGUCCUCGUCUUCUUCUGCCUCUUCGCCCUCCACCUCCAGCAUGGACUCGCUAGCGAGCAGCUUGGAGGAGUCGGACGCGGAGUCUCUGGCCGGGGUAUCCGGCUGCCUCGGCUGUGCGGGCUCUUUCGAUCCAGCACGUGACACCCUGUACGUAUCCAAAGCCCUCUGCCUUGUCACGCCUCUCCCUUUUCUGCAAGCAUCACGGCAGUUCCUGGCACAGCUACACCAGGCGGUGGCAUCACAGACUGCCCCGCCCCUCCCUCUGGAGAGCUAUAUCCAUAACAUCCUGUACGAGGUGCCGCUGCCCCCACCAGGACGCUCACUGAGGUUCCAUGGGGUGCAGGGGCCCAUCGUAUGUCAGCGACCCGGACCAGGGGAGCUUCCUUUGGGGGACUAUCCUCUUGGAGAGGCUUUCUCUUUGCUGGGCGUUGAUAAUAUGGUGAAACUACUAACUUGUGCUCUCCUGGAGACUCAAGUCCUGCUUUACUCCCAAGACUACCAGCAUUUGAUGACAGUGGCAGAGGGAAUCACCACUUUGCUAUUCCCCUUUCAGUGGCAGCACAUCUACUUACCUAUUAUCUCUACGCCACUGCAUCACCUUUUGGAUGCUCCUGUGCCUUUCUUGAUGGGCAUCCAUCACAGAGAGGGAGCUCAGCGGUCCUCCCUCCACCUUCCGCAUGAGGCCAACCUGUGUUUUGUGGACAUUGACAACCACUGUGUUGAAGCCCCAGAGGACCUUCCCCUGUUUCCAGAUCAGACUGAGUUGAUACAGGACCUGAGUGAAGUGUUGCUGCACUUCGGGCUCCCCCCACAGGGAGGGACGAGCACUAAGCCCACCGCGGACAGCAAAACCUCCUCCCCUCAACUGAGUAGUCUGGUGCUGGAGGAUUUGAUGGAGGACAGAAGGAACGGGAACCUUGGCGGUGAGGAGCUGGAGGUCCUGGAGAGGCUGCAGGCUCUGGCGAGGAGAUGUGGUGGAGGCAAAAUAUCAGAGGGUGGAAAGACACUCGUGUUUGAGGAGGAGGAAGGGCUGAGGGCAGCCAAGCUGAAUGUUCAGCUGAGGGAGGUGUUUGCUGUUCGGUUUGCUGCUAUGUUUGGGAGGUAUGAGGAGUUCGUCAUCCACAGUGCUCUGGAUCUGGACUCUUGGCUGAGCAACCGAGAGGGUACCAUCAGCUUUGACAAGGGUUCCUUUCUCUCAGUUCAGCCAGCAACCCAUUUGCACUUCUUGUCCCGGUUCCUGGAGACAUCCAUGUUCUCCUCCUUUGUGGAUGGGAAGGUUUUAUCUCGCUGGGCAGACAGGGAGCCACUGCAGCAGCUGUUUGACAGCCGUUUGGAGCGGGAGCGACUGUAUGACACGGGUGAUGAUGAUUUCCACCACCGUCCUUCCAGGAAGUGCUCCUCACACUUCGAAUCAGCUCAGGCUAUUGAACGCAGGCUGAUGAAAGCAGACCACACAGCCAUACACCCCCACCUGCUGGACAUGAAGAUCGGCCAGGGUCGUCACUAUCCAGGCUACUUUCCUAAGCUGCAGGCUGAUGUGCUUUCACAAUCUCAGAAUACCAACAAGUGGUCCAGCCGUGUUACAGCAUCACGCAGGUCUGAGCCCAAAAGAUCGACGGUCACCGACCACUCGGGGGUGGAGAGUGAGCACAGACAGAAACACGCAUUCACAAGGAGAGCCCUCCGUCAGUCUAAACUACUCGACCUUUCCCCUCAAGCUGUCACCCAGACGCACAGAGGCUUCGUUGACGAGCUGCUAGGCGAGUGUCGUCUGAAGACCAAGCGGAUGUUGAUGGAAAGAAUGGGGAAGGAGUGUGUGGAACUGGGUCAGGGGGAGGCCAGCAUCACAGGCCUGCAGGAAAACACACUCAUCCACGGCCUGUGUGAUCUGCUGGAGAGAACCUGGGGACACGGCCUGCAGAUUAAACAGGGGAAGUCUGCUCUUUGGUCUCAUUUGCUUCAUUACCAGGCCGCCCAGGGGAAGUUUGAGGCACCGGCUGAGACUCCAGGGUCUAACUGCUCCGAGCAGAGGACGCUCGAAGAUGGCGCCGUGUUCCUGAGGGGAGGGUCAUUAAUACAAGACGUGAGGUUUAUCCAGACCAUGAGUGACAACCUGUCUGAGGUGGCUCAGGCCAGGGCAUGGAUCCAUCUGGCUCUGGAGAAAAAAAUGCUGUCCCAGCAUCUCAAAGAGCUGCUGACAAACCAGGAGCUGCUCAGGCAGCUGUAUAAAUCUCAUGCAUUCCUGCUCUGCGAGGAAGAAAGGGAACAAUUCUUAUUCCACCUGCUGUCUCUCAACACUGUGGACUACCUCUGUUUUACACGCGUCUUCACCUCCAUCUGUAUUCCGUACCGUGUUGUUAUAAUACCCAUGAAAAAGCUGAGCAUUGCAAUGGCAACAGUCAAUCCCUGGGUGUGUGUUUCCGGAGAACUGGGUGACUCUGGAGUUAGACAGAUCCCAAAGAAUACACAAGAAAUCUUUUUUCAGUGCAAGAACCUGGGCAGGCUGAGCACCCUGCAGCUGGGAGUGCAAGAGAACUCGGGUCUGCUUGCCAAGUGUCUGAUCCACUGUGUGAUGGUGUACAAUGAGAUCACAGGGCACACCUACAAGUUCCCUUGUGGAAGAUGGCUGGGGAAAGGCGUGGGUGACGGCAGCUUGGAAAGAGUUCUUAUCGGUCAGCUGGUGUCCCCUGGUGCAGAGGAGGAUGCUGGAAGGUGGACAGGGACGCCUCCUGAGCUGGCCUCCCCAUCUCAGACUAUGCGGACGGUGCUGGGGACGCUUGGCGGCCGGAGCAGGAUGCACUCUGUGGAAGUACAAGAGGACAUGAGGGAGGCAGCCAACAAUCUUGUUAAACAUUUCCACAAACCUGAACAAGAGAGGGGAAACUUGACCGUCUUGUUAUGUGGAGAGGGAGGGCUGGUGCUCGCUUUGGAGAAGUUCCUCCUUCAUGGGUUCAAGUCCAAUCGUCUUUUCCAGAGAAACGUGUUCGUUUGGGAUUUUGUGGAGAAAUCGGUGGUUUCCAUGGAGAUGGCAGAUCAGAUGGGCGACCUGCAAGGAUCAACGCUGACUAAAAGCCCGCCGUGCAGCUCGCUGUGUCACUACGUCAAUGCUAUCAAUGUCUCAUCCCGAAACAUCGGGAAAGAGGGGAAGUUCCAGCUAUUCGUCUGCCUGGGAAUCAGGGACCGGCUUUUGUCCCAGUGGCUCCCUCUGCUGGCAGAGAGCCACCUGACAGCCCGGACAUACGAGGACGGGGCUCUGCUGCGGGACCGUGCCACCGUGCACUCCCUUUGCCGGAUUCUGCAAACACUGAAUGAGUUCAGCUUCAACCUGGAGGCGGCGCUGGUCAAAGGGGUUGACCUCUAACCACCAGAAGCCCAUCGCUUCGAAUCAGGACGCAGGCACUCUGAGAAGUUCAAAUGCCCAUCUGCGGAUGGAGGAGGUUCCGUCAGACACCUGCUAAGUAUCACUUCAUCAUCGAAGCAGCCAGUUGAUGGGAAGAAGACACUGGCUACUCAAGCACCAAACAUAUUGCCUUGUUCACUGAUGUACAUGUCUUAUAUACUGUAUUUGCUUCAGGAAGUAGUCCAAUGCUUGUUUACACUGUGAAAUUUUGAUUCCUCAAGGAGAAAUGGAGUCACUGAUAAACACACCUACAAUAGAUAUUCUACCUGCUUACAUAUGUACUAUAUCUGACCCUAGAACAGCUAUAACUGUCCUCCUACUGCGGUAUUGCUUGCACUUAAAUUUCAAACAUGCAUGGCCAGAAUCUUUGUUUCGUGUCUUUGGGUGUUGUGAUCUAAAGUGUCAUAAGUCAGGCCUUAUUAACCAUUAUUUCAUUUGGUAUCUUAGCAAAUAUUCUGAAGAAAAAUUGUGUUUCCGUUGAAUGAUUAAAAGGUUUCUUUAUGCCUUGUUAUACUGUGUAAAGUCUGGCCUGUUUCUCAUUAUUUAUUUAAUGAAAUCCUCAGUUGGUAUAACACUGGAUCUAAACUGGUGUCCUAGAUGUGUCAGUUUAAAUAGUGUUUGUCAUUUAGUUAAAAAAAGCCGUUUCCCCUUUCUCUGUUUGUAAAUAAUUUUGCUUAAUUUUGUCUUUCAUAGAAUUGUUCCAUCCAUUCUGUUUGAACUGUUCCAAUUUGAUAUUAUGGUGUAAUAAAUUUGUGGCAUAUUUUUCUGUAUAAAGGCGUCUUGUUUGCUACUGUGGACGACAACAGAUUCUAUGACUGACACAUUUGUGUGGGAGAGAGACAGGCUGCUGGUUUCUGAUCCGUUUGAUUUUCCUUACCAAACCCAUCCAGUUAGUAGAGCACAGGUUUGUAAAGUAUUACAUGUUAGCUGUUACGUUGACCUAGCUUUUAAUCGAACAGUCGAACAUCUAUGAAAAUGCUGUCUUCUGCACUAUCCUGCAAGCACUAUGUAACCCACUCUGACCAAGUUUCUCUUGUUAAAAUACAGAUUACAGAAAGCAAUAACGAAUUAUUUAUGACGUGUGCUGUUGAAAAUUAAAGUUAUUGACAUAA